UAGCGAGUAAAGCAUCGAAAAAUCGUUCCUUUUCUCUUCCGACAACCGCCGUCAAACGCCGCGUCCCUCCGCCUCCCCUCCGCUGCUCUCUUCUCAGCUUCCAGGUAGAUUUGUUAGUAUACGCUUCAUCGCAGUAGCAGCGUGGGGGUAGUUUUGUUGGGCGGGGGGGCCAGGGAGGAGGGUGGAUAUGGAAUUUAGCUGGCUGAGCGCCAUAAUAGUAGGGGCUGGUUGCCUUGCUUUGGGGUACUUGGUGGGUGCAUCUUACAGAUCACCCAAAGGAGCGGCUCUUAUUAGUUUUGGAAGCAAGAAGAAGAAGAAGGAUAACCCCAAAGAGCCUCUUGAAAUUGAAAACCUAGCUGACAUUCUUGAUGAUUUCAAAAUGAUUUUGGUGGUGAGAAAUGAUCUGAAGAUGGGCAAAGGGAAAAUUGCCGCGCAAUGCAGUCAUGCGACCUUGGGUCUUUAUAAAAAGCUCCUCCAUCGAGCGCCAAAAGCACUAAACAGAUGGGAGAUGUGCGCACAGCCUAAAGUGGUUGUGAAAAUCGAGAGUGAGGAGGAUAUGCUCAUCUUGCAGGAGAGGGCGAAAUCUCUCAAGCUACCAACCCACAUCACAAUUGAUGCCGGAAAAACUCAGAUUGCACCAAAUUCAAGGACGGUGAUGGCUAUUCUUGGACCAGUUGAAGUUGUUGAUGAUGUAACCGGUGGACUGAAAUUGUUGUAGUUUUGCCGCUUUCGAGCGGAUUCCGCGUUUAUCUUUAGUUGAGUAUGAUGAUGAUGAUGAUUUCCGGAAGACAUGAACGAUCAGUCACUACUUAUGAGAGCUUAUCCAUUAGCAAAAGUGAUGAUAUUGGAAGGAAUAUUGGUCUAAUUUCAUGCUUUUCAGUUUUCAGUUACAUUAAUGGCGUCAUUUACUGGUAAAUUAAAAAAGGAUUGAUAAUUUUAUUGGUUAAAAGAAGUAAGAUAUUGACAGGCACCAAUACCCCUCGAAUGUUUGUUUUCAAUAUUUGGCCAACAUUUUAAUCUUCUCAAGUAGAAUUAUAUGCAAAAAGAGAAAAUGCUAGAAACAGAACAAUAUACUUG